AUGCUCAUCAACCUCAGUAUCCGCUUUGGUUUCCUUGUUGGCCUUGUUGCCAUGCUUGGCUUGGUCCACUCUGCUUAUACCCCAAGGUCAAACACCGGCUUCACUUGUGCAGGUUGCGUUUUGAUCACCACUGCCUCUUCCCUUCAGGGUACAUCGGUAACAGACACUGCAACCACUGAACAAACAAGUGAAAGUACUUUGGAAAGCACCAGUGAAACGACCACUGCAACAACAAGUGCGUCAACAAGUGAGUCCACUGCGAUUGUUAUAACUGGAACUACAGCCUCAACAACUAGUCGUCUCACUACAGCCACUUCAGUCACUUCAACUGCUUCCACUGCUUACACUUCUUCAAGCCAGUCAAAACUCACCACUGCUCUUACUUCUACUUCCUCCACAUCAUCAAAUCCAUACAUUGUCAGAACAACGACUGCCGUUGUUAUAAUUGUCACGGCUACAGAAACUGAUACUUCAGUCACUGAGAAUUUGAAUUACGAAACGGUAGUGGUAUCGGUUCCCUUCACAACACGUUAUCCUGUUGCAACAAUCACCGAGUCCGUUCCAGUGAACACUCUUACACUCAAUUUUCGAAACUCUUCAAUAGCGACCACAAUCUGGUCUCGGUCUGUUCAUACUUCGUUUCUGCCAUACAGUUCAUAUACCUUGGAGCAAUCAGUGAGGACUUCGACCGAAUGGACCACAAACUACAAGACUUAUUUAAGCUAUCGGACUUAUGUCUCUUUUGAGACAGAUCUGAUUACUGAGUCCUCUACAUCUACCACCAAGUCUAGAGCAUCUGCCACCACAUCUCUGGCAACCACUUCAGUUGCUACCACCCCUGUCGUUCCCACCUCAGUUUCCACUACAGCAACCCUCCCCCUCGUGACCAGCACAGCAUCCACUUCUCCGCAGAUCGUUACUAGCUACCAUACUGUUACAUCAACGAUUGUGGCUUCAAGGUGUCUUGUCUGGGAUGUCAGCAGUGAGAUUCAAGUUUCAACUUCAGCUGCUACAUCGACUCUGGCCAACGUAUUUGGAAUCGAAUCCUCUGAUGCAGCCAAAAUUGUCAUCAAGACUCCAAUACUUAGGGCUUAUGCUGCCAUAAUGGUGAUUUUGCUUGUUUCCUUCAUCUGA